AUGAGCCAAUUCUACUUUGGAGACUCUCGCUCUAACUCCUCUGACGAUGAUGAAGACAAUCUCGAUACGCUGCCCUUCGCUACCCCAUUACAGCGCAGCGACUUCCUAGCUCCAAAUUUCUCGCCGUCAACAUACCUCUCCACGCUUUCCAAUCGACACCAAACACUCGAAGACCUACGCUCAGAACUGCGCUCCCGAUCACAGCUCCUCAGCAAAGAGCUCCUCGAUCUCGUGAACUCGAACUACCAAGAUUUUCUGAACUUGGGGAAUAGUUUGCAUGGCGGUGAAGAAAAGGUAGAGGAGGUCAGGGUGGGGUUGCUAGGCUUUAGGAAGGAAGUUAAUGGACUAAAGGGUGUGGUGGAGCAGCGGGAACUUGAAGUUGGGCAGCUACUGCAAGACCGGAGAGACGCUAGGGCAAAGAUCGAGAUUGGGAGAAGGCUUGUGGACUACGACUCAAGACUCAAAGAGCUCGAGAGCGAACUGGUCAUUGAGACGUCAGGGAAAGAAGUGAUUGUCUUAGGUGACGAGGUGUCGGAUAGCGAUGAGGACGAGGACGAAGAUGAAGAAGACGACGGGAGCUAUGGAGUUUCUAUUGCGAAGCUGAGGAGGAAUGUAAUACAAUAUAAGCUGAUACUGGGUUUGGAGAAGGGCCUGAACGAGCAUCCAUUCAUUACAGCGCAACGGCCGCGGAUAGCAAAGGCGCGGAGUACGUUGUUGAUGGACCUAAGCACAGCAUUACAACAAGCAAAGAGUGCUGGAACAGCAGGGUCUGGCAGAGUUAUGAAGGUCAUGAAAAGUUACGCGGACAUGGAGUCAGCAGAGGCAGUCAAAGUGCUCAAGUCACUCAAGACGAGGCAAUAG